GCACGACAGCGCGAGCGUGUUAGUGCACGCAGCAAGCCGAUAUCGUCAAGAUGGAAGGCGUUCGAGACUGACCCCUCUCGCAGUAUGGAUUUUGCCGCGUGAUUCGUGGUCGUGGUCGUCGUCGUCGUCGUCAUAUUCGGCGCCGCAGAUUCCCCGUCCGUGUCCCUUCGCGUGCGGCGAAAGAAAAGGAAGAGCAGACGAAAGGAUACCGUCUGUGUGCCGCGAUCGGUCGACCGCAUCCAAAUGGUGUCGCGCCGCGGGAUCUCGGCUGCACGGGGCGAUCGGACGCGGUAAUGAGAAAAAUAUCACGGUGCGGCGCGGCAACGAAGCGAGUCAUUUACAAUGGUGGAUAACAGUUGUAUUAUCGAGGGAAACGUCAAAUUUCGCGACGGAAAGAAGUGGAAGUCAAGAUGGUGCGUCAUGCGGAAAUUAUCACCAGUAGCAGACUGUUUGCAUCUACAACUUUACGGGGACAGUAAGGAUCGUUAUAAGCAAGGCCAAACAAAAGCGUCUCUGAGCUUGCAGCAUUUUCUCGGGGUGGAGAGCGGUUUCACUCUUGAUAAAGAAUCCAAUACGAUCGCGAUAAUUUGCCAAGAUGUGACGGUUGUUCUCGCAUUCGACACGCGGGAACGAUUGAUACAGUGGCAAGUCAAGAUCUCUAACAACUUGGGCGAAGAUCAGCAAUUCUUGAUACUCAUCUCCUCGGUGCCGUCGAAGGCCAAGUUUACCAACGGACCGGCGCACUUGCACAUUCAAGACCGUCGCUUCUGCAUCACCGUCGGUAUACCACCUCGACUAGUCGGUAUCUGGGAGAUCGCGCAUCUACGACGAUACGGCGUAGUCGAGGGUAGAUUCUGUUUCGAGGGUGGCUCCAGAUGUGGUCGAGGAGAAGGCUUACACGUUUUGAUAACGGAUCAAGGGGAGGAUAUCGUAAAGACGUUGCAGUUAGCGGCCGAGGGGAAGCUCACGACGAAGAAGCGUCCUCUUGGUCGGGAACAAUCAACGCAGGAUAGCCCACGACGUCAGUGUUCUCGCUCGGAGACCAGAGCCAGCGACUUUUUCCCUUCGGCUGUCGUGUACUCAUCGACAUACGAGGAACACUGCGAUAGCUGCAAGAACGAAAGCUCGCCGUACUGGUCGUCUGCGGAGAGUAGGCAGCAGACCGAGCUUGAUGGCGAUUACAGUUGUAGAGACACCGUGUCCGUCUCCAGCGAAUUACCCGAUCAACCUGGUGAUCAAUGGCGCAGCUGUUCACUCACUCGUCAAGGGGCGACCGGCCUCGAGAGAUGCGCCAGUUGCAUCAGCAAGCUCGGCACGGUCUCCAAGUCGUCAACAUUGAUCACCACAGCCACCAUGAGCGGUAUAAGCAGUCCUGCGGGCACGUUGAACAAUCUCGGAUGCCACUUGCAACCGCGUACCUUCGACCGGCUCUCACUGUCUUCUUACAGCAGCAGUAGCCAUGACAGCGAUUACUCCGGCUCGCAGCAAAUCGAGUGUCACUGCACGCAGUCCAAAACCGCCCAGUCUCAGCAAGCGCAAACAGCUCAUCGGAUGUCGCCGAGUCCGAGCGCGUUGCCACCGAGACCGCCGAAACCGUCCCAACAACCGUCGCCGUCGCCAGCCAUUCAGUCCCAAGUCACUGCCAAGAAACCUAAGAAGCCGCCGAUGCCACUGCCACCCGUCGAACAACAGACCUGUGUGCACGCGAGUCGAAAACUUCAGCAACAGCAGCAACCACAAUCGCAACAACAACAGCAGCAGCAGCAGCAGCUUCAGCAGACUGUACCUCGUGGGAGUGGUACUACUGGUGGCGGCGCUACUGCUGCUGCUACUGCUGCUGCUACUGCUGCUGCUGCUGCGGGACCUUACGAGAAUUACGAUGUACCAAAGACGAUUUUGGGACAUCAUAUGUUGUUGGAGCAAGGUCCUCAACCGGAACAGUAUUACGACACACCGAGGAAGAUAAAAGAAUGUCUCACACUGCCAAAAACUUACCCCAACUACGAUACGCCUCAGGUACCGCAGGCGGUAGUGCUGCAAGGUUGUGGAUGUCCUGCGAAGCUCACGGUACAGUCACCCAGGUCUUCGGGGUGUCCUUGUCACAAUGUUAUGAGCUGGGCCGGUUUCGUUUUGCCUUACUGUCGACGUGGAGCGGGAAUCGAGCCGACCGGGGUCACCGUUCAUCCCGUGAAGCUCUCGGGCGAGGGUAAGAUGCCGGUGGUGAACGCCAGCGGCGAUGUGGCCAUUUAUGCGACCGCUAGAAAGGUAAAUAAGAGCGAGUCGACCGAUAUUGAGAAAAUCCCAGAUGAUUGCGGCUGUGCAGGGAUGAAUAAAUCGAACAAUUACGAGAACGUCGAGCCGGUGAUAGACACGCAGCCGGAGCUGAAGCGAGCGAAUUACGUGAACAUCGAUUUCACACAAUCGCUGGAGCAUUACGAGAACAGCAAGGACGUGCUGACGAAAAGCAGUAUUUCGCAGGAUGAGAUCGAGAAGUUCGCGGAUCAGUUGAAAGAAACUGCUGCGGCAGAAACUGAGGCGCCGAGCGAGGAUGUCUCAAAGGUGUGCCAGAAAUGUGGUCACACAAAGGAGAGGGAGAACGAUUAUCUGGUUAUGGAUCCGGACAAACAGACCCCGAAGAAACCGUUUCCUGGUUAUCUGCCGAUGCAGCCGGCUCACAACGCUUGCUCUAAGGAGAUCCUGUCCAGAAUCUGCAGCGGUAUUAAGAGCUCCAGCAACCCCACGUUAUCGGGCUCCGCGCUGCUCGAAGGCAACAAGAAACGAUCAGACUCGGAGUACCGUGUGCCAGGAUCGGCGAUGUUGUCCAGUCCUUACUUCAGGCGUCGUUACUUGGACACGGGUAAUGCCGCGGAGUCUAGUGGCAGCAUAGGUAUACUGCUGAGGAAGCGAUCUUACUCAGCGGAGUCCGCGCAUUACCUGGACGAUGAGACUCGCAGCUUCCCGUCCACGCUCACCAUCCACAAGUGUUCGAGCGAAGCGGACAAGAACAUUCUGAUCAGCGGCGAGUCGCACAGCUCAUGCAUAAACACCGACAACAAGAUCGCGCACGAGAACGCGCAGAUGUUGACGAGCGCGUCUCAGCCGUCGUUUAUCAAGAUCCGACGCUCCUCCUCCGUGCCAUCCAAGACUGGCCAUAACAGAGACUCGUCGAGCAGCAACGACUCCGGCGUUUCUACCGGCUCUCUCAGCCAUCGAACGGCGGAGUUUGUGGAAUUUGAAUUAUCGUUGGCGCCCGCCGCCACGGCGGUCAAACAGAACAUGCUAUCGGUCUGCCGUAAGAGUCCACCACCCACGUGUUACCACAGCAGUCUGCCGAGGAAGUCCAAAUCCAGUGAUCCUUUGCGAGAACUCAGCUUUCAAUUCCAGAAGAUCAAGAUACCGACAAAAUCCUCGUCCGCAGAAGCCGACAUACCUACAUGCGUGCCGAAGGCCACCAAGGGCUUCAACAGCCCCGGCGAAGUCUCGAACGCGCCUUACAUCGAUUCCCGGAGCACUAGCAGCGGCACUUCUGACAUGUCGGAUUAUAUCGAAACUUUGUCACUGUCGUCUCACUCUUCGUCCGAUACGCCCGACAGCCUCAGAUUAGGAGGCAGAGCGGUAACAACGACCCUUCGGCCUCGUAGCGGCAAAGAAUAUUAUAAAAUCGAUCGUAGCAUCUUGGUAGAGCAGGGACGAAUUCUCACUACAGCGUCCGCUAAUUAUGCAAACAUCACUCCAGUGCUGGAGAAGAGCGAGUCCCCGUCACCCGGUUACAUGAGCAGCUCGCCCUUCGAGCAACCGCAACCUACUCGUGAGCACUUUCUAUUCCCUGAAGAAGCUUGAAUGUAAUGAUAUUGUUUGGGAAAAGAGCUGAAAACUUGAAGUUCCUAGGAAUUCCAAACAAAGCGAGUAAGAGUAUUCACGGUAGAAAUUAUAAUUGGGGCAUUGUGACUAUUUACACUAUACGCGGAUAUCUGGGGUUACAGGCGUAUUUUUCGAGGUAUCUAUCAUUCAUCGCACACCGAUUAUCGUAGUUAUAGCAUGCCAAAUCAAUCACCGAACUAAAUAAUCCAAGAAAAAUUUAUAAUUCUAAGAAACACGAAAGAGCUCCUCAACCAAAUUCGGAUGUCUGUUUCGCUGGUGUUUUCGUAAAGUCUUCCUCUAGAGAGCACAAUCAUAAUCAAAAGAUGUGUAAAAAGAGAACGUCAUUCUACAAAAAUCUUCUAGGUACUAGCGUAUAGUUGAAAUAACGUCAGUAAUCAAACACUUCCUACAACGACACAAACAAUUUCUAAAAUAUGCUCAAUAAGAAACUAAUAGUUUGUAUAGUAAGAAUCCUGCCCUAGGAUAAAAAGAUAUGUGCAUCAUAUACUUUAUAUGAGUAUAUCGUUUUUUAAAUACUUUCUUUAUUUUGUAUGAGUAUACUUCUAUAUAGACUAUUGUACAGUCAUCUUUGAAAAGGAUUUAAAGAAAUUACUAUUAGAAUUUUUCAAAUCGGAGUUCUUGAAACUUCGUGUGAACAAACGAAUGUGUAAUAUCAAAGUGUAACGUAACCGUCGUUUUCGGGACAUCAGACCGUAUCCCUUGUAGAUUCCAGAAGCUGGAAACAUACUGAACUGACGGUACAUUAAACAGGAAUUGAAUGCAACAUGACACAUUCGCGAAGCAUCGAAAACAUCGCAAUUGCACGAGCACUUGCGUCGCUAAGUUCCCAGAACUCGUGUUUGGAAAAGCAAUUGAAGAUCGUUUGUUUGUACCGAUUAAUAAGAUAUUAUCUAUCCACAUUCUGUACAACUAAAAAGUGCACUGAACAUAACCAGUUGCAUAGCAUUCACAGGGUUUUCAUAUUUACAAGUUACUUUUUAAAGAUUAAGGUAAAAAUAUUACCGCCUUCAAUGGUCUUCUUUCUAACGAGACAUACAUGGUAAACGCCGUAGUCUCUGGGCAAUCAAAGACGGCGCUAUAUAUAGAUUAUAAAUAAAUAUUUCUAAAUAAAGUUUACGAAAUGUAAGGUCUAGUUACUUAACGAUUUCGAUAUUCGCCAACGAAUAUUUCCACUUUUAACUACGAGCUAUUUUUUAAAUCGUUUAUCUCGUAUGUCUCUCUUGUAUCUCGCUUGCUUUUCACUGUGAUAUUCAUGAUAUCACAAAAUGAAAUAAUUUAAAGAUCGUAUAAUAUAAAGAUCCUCUUAUUUAACGUUAAAUAUAAAGAUCCUCUUUCCUAUUACUUAUACAAUCAUUUCGAUUUUGUCGUUGCAUCGUACUUAAAGUAGUAGUUCAGUAAAUACUUAGCUACUUAAUUGUGAUUAUAAAUUGUAACACACACUGUAUGCAUAUUUCUACAGUCUACCAAAAAUAUUUAUUUUUAUUUGU